AUGAUUCCAACGUUUUGGAGAGACUGUGAGUAGAUACUUUGCUAUUGUCCUAGAUAGUGUAUGUCGAAUGGCUAUUGAUGUUAUAAAGCCGCCGGAUCCUGAGUUCAAUGAAAUGCCUGAAGAAAUAUCAAGAGAUGCAAGAUAUAUGCCUCAUUUUAAGAAUUGUAUAGAGGCUAUUGAUGGUGUACAUGUGUAUGCCUCAAUACCUUCUCGAAAUCAAAUACCAUAUAUUGAAAGGAAAGGCAUACCAACUCAAAAUAUAAUGGCGGUGUGUAAUUUUGACAUGCAAUUCACUUUUGCAUGUGCUGGGUGGGAAGGAAUUGCACAUGAUACAAGGAUAUUUCUCUCAUCUAUAAGGAAUGAUGCUUUGAAGUUUCCUAAGCCUCCCAAUGGUAAUGACUCAAAUUAUGCAAUUUCUAAACUGAAAAACAAGAAAUUAAAUUAUCAUAGUUUUUAUUUGACAGGGAAAUAUUAUCUUGUGGAUGUUGGUUACCCACAAAUGAAGGGAUAUCUAGGACCUUAUAGAGGUGGUGUGAGGUAUCAUCUUCCACAAUUUCGGUACGGUGGUGUUUCUAAAGAGGUAUUUAACCAUAUGCACUCAUCUCUUAGGAGUGUCAUUGAACGUACUUUUGGAGCAUGGAAAAAAAAAAUUAAGAUUUUAAAAGACAUGCCUAGUAUCCCUUCAUUACACAAGUCAAAAUAAUUAUUGCGACAAUGACGCUUCAUAACUAUGUAAGAAGGCAUAGUCGAGAUGAUAUUCAUUUCAAUAAUAGAAAUAAUGUCCAAAAUGAGAUGGAUAUGGGGGGAAUGCACAACAAGAACAUGGUAUAACUACAAUCUCGGGGCACAAGAAAGGAUAUAGUGAGAAAUGAUAUUGCUGCAAGUUUAAUGAACGCUCGCUCACCAUAGAAGAUCCAUUUGAUAUUUUCAUAUGAUGACGUGUUGAUAUCAAGAACUCUUCCACCUUACCUAUCUCGUUGGUGAUCAAGAAAUGGGAGUGAUUUUUGUUGCCUCCAUUUUGAUUCUCUCCUUUCCAUUGGAGCUAGGUUGAAUUUUCGAUGUAUAUAUUUUGGCAAUGGAAGUAAACUGAUGUGUUAAAGAUUUUGUA